CACUUACAUAAAGAGAUUGUUAUCAAGUCUAGUAUGUUCCCCCAGCGUAGUUCUGAUGUGAGCGGGCAUUAGGAAGAAUGCAAACCUUAUCGAUCCUCGUCGUGGUCUCCCUGGCCUAUUUGGCGGCUGGACGCCCAUUGGAAAGUAAGAUAUCGCACCUUGAAGAUGAAGUCAAAUUUCUGAAAUCCAACCUCUCUGCUCUCUGGGAAAUUGUUCACGAGCAUGAUAAGCUCUUUGGCAUUGAGCGCCCACCAAAGCCAUACAAAAGCGUUGUCAGGGAAACCAAGAAACAUAAAGUUCACCUCCACUUCCAUCUGGACAUUCCUGGUUCUCAUCCAGGUCAUGAAGAAGAUUGCCAUAAUGAACUGGAACCAGUCGCAAGUGUUACCAAGGAAACGAAUGAACACAGAGUCAAUAUGGACUUCUUUAUGAACAUCCCAGACCAUCCGGCCAGUGAUCCGGUGAAGAGUGUUGAGAGAGAGACCGAGGAGCACCAUGUUAACAUGGACUUCUUCCUAGACAUCCCGUAUCAUCCUCCUCCUCACCAUUAUAAUGCCACCAGUUCCGACUCAGACCACGAGGACUGUCCAGUAAGACGCGUCGUCAAGGAAACCAAACACCACGUGGUCCACCUGGACUUCUUCAUGGACGUCCCGGAUCAUCCAGCGGAGCAUAAGGCGGCAACUACUCAGAAAGAGGAAAUGCACUAUGCCCAAUGUCAGAUGAGACCUAACCCUUAUCAGCUUGCCAGUUUGCAUCACCAUGUUCGUGGAAGCAUUGAAAUCGCACAACGAGGUGAUGGAGAUGUAACUAUGUCGUUCCACCUUACUGGCUUCAAUGUUAGCGACGACUUCGCGGACCAUAACCACGGCCUCCAGAUCCACGAGUAUGGAGACCUGGAGCACGGCUGUGACACCAUUGGAGAACUCUACCACGGAGAGCAUGUCCAGGGACACGCCAAUCCAGGUGAUCUCGGUGACCUUCAUGACGACGACCAAGGGACUGUUACUGCCAAGAGGUCAUUUGAUUGGCUCAAUAUUGAUGAAGCAGAUGGCAUUCUGGGACGGUCCCUGGCUAUUCUGCAGGGAGACCACCUAAGCCAUACAUCUAUCAUUGCCUGUUGCGUCAUUGGUCAAACUGAUUGGCUCAUAUGGAUGAAAGAUUUGUAUAUAAGAAAAAGAAGAACUGGCCAAUCCAGUCCUUUGCCCUCAACAGAGAAGAAAGGUAGAACUGAAAAGAUGAACGCUUUGAUUCUGUUGGUUGCCUUUGCUGGCUUUGUUGCGGCGUCCAGUAAGAAUGAGGCAAAUAUUCACCUCUAUCUUCACCUCUCUGAUGACGGCAAUCAAGCCGACGCAAACUAUGCCAAUACGAUGCAUUAUGCCCAGUGUGAGAUGGAACCUAACCCCAACCAACCAGCUAGUCUCCACCACCACGUGCACGGAAGCAUCGAAAUGUCACAGCUGGGUGACGGUGAAAUGACAAUGAAAUUCCACCUGACUGGCUUCAAUGUUAGCGACGACUUCGCGGACCAUAACCACGGCCUCCAGAUCCACGAGUAUGGAGACCUGGAGCACGGCUGUGACACCAUUGGGGAACUCUACCAUGGCGAACAUGUCCAGGGACACGCUAACCCUGGUGAUCUUGGAGAUCUCCAUGACGACGACAAAGGAAAUGUAGAAGAUACUAGAAAAUUCGAUUGGCUGACCAUUGGACACGAAGACGGAAUUCUGGGACGUUCAUUAGCUAUUCUUCAGGGAGAUCACACUAGCCACACUGCCAUCAUAGCCUGCUGCGUCAUUGGUCGUUCACAUGCCCAUUAAGAUCUUAAAUAGAUAUUAUGUGUGGUAUAUGAACUCUUGAAUGUUUUACUUUCAUUAUCUGCUUUACAAAUAAAAAUGAAAAAACAAA